AUGUACAAGCUACAACUCUUGUCUUGCAUUGCACUAACACUUGCACUCGUUGCAAACGGUGCACCUACUUCAAGCUCUACGGGGAACACAAUGAAAGAAGUGAAGUCAUUGCUGCUGGAUUUACAGUUGCUUUUGGAGAAAGUUGAAAAUCCCGAGAACCUCAAGCUCUCCAAGAUGCAUACAUUUAACUUUUUCAUGCCCAAGGUUAAUGCUACAGAAUUGAAACAUCUUAACUGUCUACUAGAAGAACUCAAACUUCUAGAGGAAGUGCUAAAUUUAUCUCCAAGCAAAAACCUGAACCCCAAAGAGAUCAAGGAUUCAAUGGAUGAGAUCAAGGAUUUAAUGGACAAUAUCAAGAGAAUAGUUUUGGAACUACAGGGAUCUGAAAAAAGUUUCAAAUGUGAAUAUGAUGCGACAACAGUAAAGGCUGUAGAAUUUCUGAACAAAUGGAUUAUCUUUUGUCAAAGGAUCUACUCAACAAUGACUUGA